UGCUCUCCAGCUGCCCAGCUCUGAAGGCAGCAGCGCUACCAUCAGCAGCAGCCCAGAAGUAAGGGUAACAGUACCACAACUCUCCACCUCCCUAUAAUAACCUUGCUACCCACUUGCUCACAACUUCAUUUGGGGUCAGGAUCCCUAUAAUUACAACACCUGAAAUUUCAGAUUUAAAUAUCUGAAAUCAUGAAAUUGAUGUUUUUAAAAAUCCUAUGACAGUGAAAUUGACCAAAAUGGACCAUGUAUUUGGUAGGGCCCUACUUAUCAGUUUGAAUACAUGCCAACAUUGCCUCAUUCUUGGAUACAUGCCAAUAUUGCAAACAGUCUGCACAUGCUCAUUGCCAUUGUUUACCUCAGAGCUAUGAUUUGCUGACCUUAUCAUCUGACCUGCAACUUCUAAUGGUGGAGUGACUUCUGCUUAUUCAAAAUAAAAGCUAGGGGCACAAAAUGGAGUCUGAAGAAUUUCUCUGGUGUCAAGAGAAAGCAAUUGAGGAUAAUGGCAGGAAAAGUGAAAUGGGUAACUGACAUAGAAAAGUCCGUGCUAAUAAAUAACUUUGAAAAGAGAGGAUGGAUUCAGGUGGCAGAAAAUGAAGACUGGAAUUUUUACUGGAUGAGCGUACAAACCAUCCGCAAUGUUUUCAGUGUGGAAACUGGUUACCGGCUUUCUGAUGACCAAAUCGUCAACCAUUUCCCGAACCACUAUGAGCUGACGAGGAAGGACUUGAUGGUGAAAAAUAUUAAGAGAUAUAGGAAAGAACUAGAAAAAGAAGGGAGUCCUCUUGCAGAGAAAGAUGAGAAUGGAAAAUAUAUUUAUUUAGAUUUUGUGCCUGUCACCUUUAUGCUCCCUGCUGAUUACAACCUGUUUGUUGAAGAAUUCAGAAAAAAUCCUUCUAGCACCUGGAUUAUGAAACCUUGCGGGAAAGCCCAGGGGAAGGGGAUAUUUCUUAUCAAUAAACUCUCUCAAAUUAAAAAGUGGUCUCGAGACAGUAAAACAUCUUCGUUUGUUUCUCAGUCUUCUAAAGAAGCCUAUGUAAUUUCUCUGUAUAUCAACAAUCCAUUACUGAUUGGUGGGAAGAAAUUUGACCUGCGCUUGUAUGUUUUAGUGUCUACGUAUCGUCCGCUGCGGUGUUACAUGUAUAAACUUGGAUUUUGCCGGUUUUGCACAGUAAAAUAUACACCAAGUACAAGUGAAUUAGAUAACAUGUUUGUACAUCUUACAAAUGUUGCCAUUCAGAAACAUGGGGAUGACUACAAUCAUAUCCACGGAGGCAAAUGGACAGUGAGUAACUUGCGCUUGUAUCUAGAGAGUACUCGUGGAAAGGAGGUCACUAACAAACUGUUCGAUGAAAUUCAUUGGAUAAUUGUGCAGUCGCUGAAGGCCGUUGCACCUGUAAUGAACAAUGAUAAACACUGCUUUGAGUGCUAUGGAUACGACAUUAUCAUUGAUGACAAGCUUAAACCAUGGCUUAUUGAGGUCAAUGCUUCCCCUUCUCUUACCUCCAGUACAGCCAACGAUCGCAUCCUCAAAUAUAAUCUUAUUAAUGACACACUUAACAUUGCUGUGCCUAAUGGUGAAAUUCCAGACUGUAAAUGGAAUAAAUCUCCACCAAAAGAAGCUCUUGGAAAUUACGAGAUUUUGUAUGAUGAAGAGAUGGCACAAAGUGAUGGAUCUGAUCGUGAUUUGAGAAGCCGUCCUGGGCAAUCCAUUGGAAUAAAAGGAAGUCGAGCAAGAGAUUCAGGAAAGCCCGUGCUCACCACAUGGAAGUAGUGACAAAAUCAAAUUAAUAUCAAAUCAAUAACAUCUUACUGAAAUUCAGUGCGAUGCUCUUGGCAGAAGAUUUUGAACUGAGCACUUGGGGCUCUCUCCUUUGUAUGGCUUUCUUCUCUAUUGUGUAUGGGAGUUAAUAACUCUGAAACGGGACGAAAUAUGUCAAAGAAAUAUUUGUACCAAUAUGAGACAGGUCUGUAUAAAGUAAGGCACCUAAUCAGCUAUUCUAAUAGUAAACUAACUAGUUUACUGCAAGAGUAUUAUGCUGCAUGUGGCUAUAGCAAAUUUAAUGUAAUAUAAAGAAUUAACAUAUUCAUAGCUUUAAACUUUUAAAAGCAUAACUACUCAGACUUGAGAAACAUGGAUAUUUUUUCAACAAAUGGCUGUUUUGGCUUAUAAUUCUCUUAAAGAACCUUCUUAAGAAAUCUGGUGUUGACGCUAAAUAUUUAUUUUUAAACGAACCACUGGUUUGGUGUUCAAUAUUUUUUUUUCUAGACUGUACAUUAUAAGUAAUCUAUCUCUACACUUGUAAUUUAUUAUACAGUUUUAACUCCUUUGUAAAGAAUUAACUGUGUUAAAAAUUUGUAGUCAGGGUUGAUUACAGGUUCUGUAGGAGACCUAGAAAAAAUUUUAGUCCUCAGGAUCUCUUUCCUCUGUGUUCCAGGAUUAAUCUUGAAAAUAGAAUCCAGAAAAGUCAGAAGUGUUGGGCAUUAUCAUUGUUGUAUAGUUUACACUGGCAUGAUGACAAUUAAAUUUCUUGAUACAAGUGCAGUCUCUUCUGGUAACAUUUACAAUACAACCUUUGCUGAGCUGUGAUUGUCAAUGCACAGUUAAUGAUUUUUAGCUAAUGUUGAGAUUUAAAAAUAAAUACAUCCCCAAAUACUGAGAUUGUCAGAUGUGUUGAAGCUGCAGCUCCUCAGGAAUUAAAAUUACAUGGAAGAGGAGAAUCUCUAACAUAGCAAGUUGCUGUGUUAUCACGUGACAUUUUUUUUUACUUCUAAGGUGAUUUUGGACAUAACUGAAUAAACUUCUUCCUGCUUUUCCUCUUGAACAUACUGUAAUUAAUGUCAACCCCACUGCUCAGUGAUGCCUGUAAAUCUUUGCUUGCAUCUAUGCAGCUCUUUAUUUACAUAUGUAAAAUACAGACACAUCUAUAUACAUACAUAUUUUAUGUUCUCUAACAAAAUUCCAUUGCAUCUAAUAAGCCAUCUCCUAUGACUCUGAUGUCAGAAAGUACAAUAGCUACAAAUAGCACAAAGCCAGAGAAGUUAAAAAGGCAUUGAUUGCAGUCUUUAAACUAGUAGAACAUUUUAUAUAUAUAAACUAGUCAAUUGUAUGAUUGGCUGUUACCUCUGAUGUCACAAGUCUAGCACUCAUCAAGAAGAUUCUCAUAGCUGCUUUAACAUACAGCUCAAAUUUUGGGAGAGAAAGAAAUCUCCAAAAGUACUUGUGCUGUCAUAAUGAAUCUCUGCUGAGCACCUGGAUCUCCCUAAAUGAUUAAUAGCUAUAUAGAAUGAAUGAGGGACAUUUUAUAUGCAAUUCUAAUCAUUGUUAAUCUUGUAUGUUCUGUUUAAAUAUAGAAAGUCAAAUGCAAAAUUUGGCAUGUCUUUCUACCAAAUUCCUGGUCCUUUAAAUUAUGGGAAUUCACCCCCUUCAUUAGGAGCACUGUAAUAAGUCAUCAGAGUUUGUGUCUUGAACUGAGAUUAAGGAGUACUUUUAAUAUGAUAAAGAAGUUAAAUCCACAUAUCCAGCUCCCUCAUGUAUUGUUGUCUCCCUCAUUCUGGGUCUUGUUUGUAUAUUGGAGUCUUGGCAGGGUGAAACCUAUGUCUGGAAUAGAUUUCUGGUCAGAUGUUAAAUGCCAUAUUAGUGAUGACUUGUUUAAGGGCAGAUGUUUCCUCUUCCAUCUUCUAAGCCCCUGUUGCUAGGAAAUGUGCAAUAGUGUAGGCCUUUGGAAAUAUUACACUGCAAACAGGAGUAUUUUACGGGGGAGGGGUAGCUCAGUGGUUUGAGCAUUGGCCUGCUAAACCCAGGGUUGUGAGUUUAAUCCUUGAGGGGGCCAUUUAGGGAUCUAGCGCAAAAAUCUGGUAGGGACUGUACUUGAUCCUGCUGUGAAGGCAAAGGACUGGAUGACCUUUCAAGGUCCCUUCCAGUUCUAGGUAUAUCUCCAUAUUAAACACUAUGGCUGAUUUCUUAAUCUCUUAUAGCUCCAUUUUUUUUCUCAUUUCUGAACAUCAAAACUGUGAUUCUUGGCUCUUUCUCCCCUUUCUACAUCCCAUCCAUGCACAGUGUAUCUAUCUGGUAGCAUUUGGCUACUUUCAUUCUCAUAGUUCCAUUACAGUAGUCUCUAUGUAUCAUGUGUACUACCUCAUUAGCCUUUUUCUGAGUACUUUGUUGAAGGGACUUAGUGGCGUGAAGAUGGUGUAUGGAGAAAUCAGACUGUUUUGCAGUCAAUAUCGAACUCUUUGCCUUUAUGUAUAAUUAAGUUUUAUUUCACUAAAGUCAUUGUGACAUUACUAAGCCUGCUUCUAAGAUGGAAGCUAAUGUGAACGAGCAGGAACAGGCCUGGGAUAUGUUGUAUUAAUUUCAGUGGAAUAAAUGGCUCUAAAGUCAAAGGUGAUAGUAUGAUCUUAGCACUGUACACCAUUAAACAGUUAACAUGAUUUGGGGUUUGGAAUACAGGAAAACUGACCAUUUCAUGGCAAGCAAAUUCAAAAAUUAAUACAAAUGUUUGGAAACUUAUUGGAUACACGAGAAAAAAGAAUAAAAAUUAAAACAAAGCAUAUUGAAAUUGAGUGGUUACGCAAAACACUUAAAACCUAUUAAAGGCCAUUUUUCAGACAGAUAAUAAUUAUUAGUUUCUUAUUCUGUCAAGCAAUCCUUUUUAGUGGGAAAGAAGUGGUUAGUCUUGUUGAAUUUCAAGUGAACUGCUCUGAGUGGUCAUACUUUUGACUGUUUUUGACCAGACAGUCAAAGAGGGAGAAGAUAGGAUAGCAAAACAGGAGGGGAAAUACAGUAUGGCUUUUGUUGAUCUCAGUCACAGAUGGAUACUUUGGGCUGUCAGAUCAGCCACUACAGCUGUUUCUCUAAACCCUGGCUCACUUCCUGGUCUGGGAUCCCAUAUGGGUGGUCUAGUCAAGUACCUCUCCUUUACUGGUCCUUCUCAGGCUGGGCAGAGCUGGAUGAGCUGUCUCAUCCCAUCAUACUGGUGCUGUGUAGUGCAGUUGGUCUCAGGAUCAGGUGAAAAACUAAGGUGAUAAGAUAGAGGGGGAUGGAAAGGAAUAUGAGGGAAGGGAAGACAGCAGGAUCUUGCAUGCAUCGGACUGGGGUCCUUUCUGGUCCAUUAGUGAUAACGGUGUCACCGCUUGUGUUCAGGUCUGGGUGUCCUGUUGACUGAGGGUCCCCAAUGAAGGACACAGUCUCUGGAGUGGGACAGAGGCCUGCCUGCCUUUUCCCAGGAGUCCACUGCCAUUUUAAUUCUCAAAGUCCAUCCAAAAGGGCAUGAUGAGUGGAAUUAGCCCAUACAGUUGUUACUUCAUCAUCCAAUUAGGCCUAAUGUCGUGACACAUUAAUUUCUGAUUCCAUUCUCCAUUUGUUUGCCAGUUAUGAUCCUUAUGCAGUCCUUGAGUGGUAUCAAUAGAUAGCUUCAUUUUUGACUAAUCCAGUCUUAUUUUUCUAACUUUUGCUGACAGAAAUAAUUUUAUGUAACAGGCUAAAUUGGAUUUUCAUUACCGGAUAAUUUAGAGGAGUGGUUUUCAACCUUUUUUCAUUUGGAGACUCAUAAAAAUUUUUAAAUGGAGAUGGGGACCUCUUUGGAAAUCUUAGACAUAGUGGGGUCCACAGACCACAGGUUGAAAACCACUGAUUUAGAGAACAGACCACUGCACAACAGAUAGCAGGGGCAAGUGCUACUGUUAGCAGAAAGACUUGCAGCAGAACACACUCAUGAUGCCUCUGCUCAGUUCUGGCAUCCCAUUGACAUUCUAAAGAGUAGUCUUUGAGGAAGGGACAGGUUUUUGCUGCCUGUUGGUACAGGGCCUAACACAACGGGGCCCUGACUUGGUUAAGGCAGCUAGGCAUGACUGCAAUAGAAGUGAUAGAUGAUAAUAUUCUGUAUAUGUGAGUGGCCCCUAACUGAUGCUGUUACUGUUGGCAUCAGUGGUGUUCCACAGUUACUUCCUUAGCACUUUUAUGUGUAGGGAAUGUGCCUUGUUGCCUUGGCUUUGCCUAUUCCUUAGUUCUAGGACACUUUGCCUUUUAGAGAGAACCAUCUCCCUCAAUAUUUUUAAAUCCAUCUGUAACAUACUAACUUUAUCCCAACGUACAGCUCUGCUAUAGGUUUAACUUCCAUUAAUUCACAUUCAGCAUUAACCAUGCUGGGACAUAGUUGUUUCCAAAACCUCCAUCAUCCUGUGACAAUUAAGCGCAACUAGGAGGCACUUGCUGUCGUUUCUUGGGUUCCUGCCUUUGAAAUUCACAUCCCUGUGACAGACGGCAUUUCUGUUUGGUUUAUCUCUUGUCUGUUUUUUUUAAAUCAUGUUUUAUACCUGAUACAGUGAUGACAAAUCAGCAGCAGUUCAUUCCUGCUAUUCACAUUGGAUGUUUUUAUGCAAUUGUUUUGUUUUUAAAAGGGGAGAGGUGGAGGGCGUUCAGGGGUCCACCUGUUACAGAGCUAGGCCUUCUUUAAAUUAAAAAAAUUAAUGAAUCUCUCUCAAUCAUGUUGUCUUCCUCUGCUGACCUUGGGUGAAUUUGCGGCCCUGUUCAAGUCAGAGGAGUUUUGCCAUUUAAGUCAAAAGAGCCAGGAUUUUGAGUAUGGCGUAUACUAAGUUUAUAUUUAUACGUUUGGGUCAUGCAUAAUAUUCUCUCACACAGAGCAUGGCAAAGGUAUAGAACAUCUGUAUGCUGUUUAUAUUCAGCACAUUUUAGUAGCAUAGCUGUCUGUCAUUUUGCGACUGAGGCUGGUUCUCAUCUGUGAUCACUUUCUGUUGGGAAAGUAUAUUCUUAAUUUGGUUUUGAACACAGUGGUAAAAUAUCUUUGCAAAAUGGCAUUUUACAAGCCAUAACCUUCUCAAAAUGUUUCUGAAUGUAACUUGAUCACAGGUUUUUGUGAUAGUAUGAUUUGUGAUAGUGAUGAUAGGAGAUUGUGAUUUUAAUUUUAAACACCCAUAUGUCAGCAAAUUCAGAGUCCUGGCCAUGACUCAAGCCUCUUGUGCUUAGCAAAGCAUUUUAUAUUAUUGUGUAUGCUGUUAAUUUUAUGUCUUUGUAACCGUCUCCUGCGGACCCAUAAACAUGUGUGUAACAGGUCACUUCCAAAUAAGAUGACCAUAUAAAUAGUCAAAUAAACUGAGUCCAGUGGGGCUAAAUUCACUCCUUUUCCCAAAUGCAGAGUUUGUUUGUGGAUAUAAGUGAACAACCAGGGGUUUGGUCCUUCUCUUUUUAGAGGAAAAAUAAAAUCGUUUACACUGCCACCAGACUGA